AUGCCAUGGAUACAAGCAGUAUCAAAAAUACGAGGGGACGACCAACUGGACAGAAAAAUAAGAGUGGUUAUAACGCUGGUCGUAAAAAAAAAACAGAUUGAUAAUCAGUCCUCCAUGAAAAAUCUAUUAAAGAACUCUUCUAGUAAAACUGCUAACUUUCAAGCUUCAGCCUCAACUAGCCCAUUUGAAGAACAAUUCUCAACGAGUCAUAUCGAUCAGAUUGCCCAAACAAACAAUAACCAAAGCUCUCUCACUGGAACCGAAAAUGAAGAAACUGAAGAAGACACAGAUGAGGAGUCAUUUGAGGAAUUAGAUGAGUCACAUUUAGCAUUUUGGAUGACUUUGCGUCUUUACUACCCCCUGACAGUGAAACAUUAA